AUGGCCCCCGCCGCUGCCGCCGCAGCGGGGCCCUCUCCUCGCAGGUGGCUCGCGGCGGCCGUCAUCGCGCUCGCCUGUCUCCUCGUGCCGGCGCUCGCCAGGCCCGACAAGGAGAUGCGGGAGAGGUUCUACGGGACGCUCGUCACCAACGGCACGCACAACGCCUCCGGGGACGGCAGCAUCGCCGAGAUGUUCGGCCGCGUGCUCGACAAGGAGUUCUCCGACAGCGACACGCCCGACGCUCCCGACAAGAGUAGCUUCAACAACAGCGUAUCAGAUCAUCAAGCUGUUCUGGAGACGGUAGCUGUCAUUACACAUGACAAGAAGAAAAAUGAUUCACAGCAUGCUAAUUCCCCAAAACCUUUCCAAAUAGGUGACAUGUUUGGAGGCCAGGAUGAGACCUCUGAUGACUUGGAAACUGUGAUAGAUAAGGAGGAUAAUGUUUUUGUGAUGUCAAAUCGUAAAACAAAGUAUCCAACUCUUCAACUAGAUUUACGAUUGAUUAAAGAUCUGGUAAUUAUAAUCGUUUCAGCUACUGGUGGUGGUAUCAUAUUCUCUUGUAUGGGGCAGCCGGUUAUCGUUGGCUACCUACUUGCUGGUUCUCUAGUUGGACCUGGGGGGUUGAACUUUAUCAAUGAAAUGGUGCAGGUGGAGACUUUUGCUCAAUUUGGUGUAGUGUUUCUUCUUUUUGCUCUUGGUCUCGAGUUUUCACUGACUAAGUUGAAAGUCGUUGGUCCUGUUGCUGUACUUGGAGGUCUGCUUCAGAUUGCUCUGUUCAUGUUCUUAUGUGGCCUCACUGCAGCGUUGUGUGGUGCUAAAUCAUCCGAAGGAGUGUUUGUCGGUGCCUUCUUGUCUAUGUCAUCUACUGCAGUGGUUUCGAAGUUUUUAGUGGAAAAAGGUAGUACAAACACGCUUCAUGGUCAAGUUACAAUUGGAACGCUAAUACUUCAGGUGCUAGUGGCAUUUUGGAGGAGUGAUGUCAAUGGCGAAACUUGCAGUGACUAUUAUGGAUUGAGUCUUGAAUUGGGGUCAUUCCUUGCUGGCGUUAUGAUAUCAACCACAGAUUUUGCUCAUCAUACUUUGGAGCAGGUCGAAGCCAUUCGCAAUCUGUUUGCAGCGCUCUUCCUUGCAAGUAUUGGAAUGCUCAUACAUGUUAAGUUCUUGUGGAAUCAUGUUGACAUAUUACUUGCAGCUGUUAUACUGGUUAUAAUAGUAAAGAGUAUUGUCGUAACUAUUGUUGUAAAGGCAUUUGGAUACAGCAUCAGAACAGCUUUUGUUGUUGGGCUGUCCUUAGCUCAGAUAGGAGAGUUUGCUUUUGUGCUUUUGAGCCGUGCCUCCCAUCUCCAUCUUGUUGGGGGGAAAAUGUAUCUACUAUUACUGGGAACAACUGCCCUUAGCUUGGUAACAACUCCUCUCAUUUUCAAACUAAUUCCUGUGGUAAUGCACCUUGGCACCCUUAUGCGUUGGUUCCCCUCGGAAAACAGUAUGCAGAGUGAGGUUUUGAAGAAGUGUCAAAGACAAACUACUUAG